AUGGGAAGCCUCUGCUCCAAAGCCUACAACCCAACCGAACCAUUUGCGCAUCCCGGCCGCGUCCUCGGAACAAAUCCCAACCCGUCCCAGGCGCCCCGCGCCCCACUGCCGCACCAGGUCAACUCACAGGCCAACGCUGGGAGAACACUAGGCGGCAGCCAGGGGUCAAGUCGAGGGAACGAUGAUCCGCGGAAUGCGGCUGCGCGGGCUGCGGAGGAACGAGCUGUCAAACAAGCUUCGGCAGCUAAAAAGGGAAAAUUAAACUCUCGGCUUGCAGCGCAAAAGGCCCAGACUCGGAACGAAACACUGGGAUGA